AUGUCUUCCUUCCUUGCUCGCCGCGCCGGCAUCAGCGCCCCGCGCGCCAUCCGCGCAUUCAGCACGACACCCGUUCGCCCUGUCGCCAAGAUCACCAUCGUGGGCAAUCUUGCAGACACCCCCGAGCUGCAGGCCACCAGCACCGGUCGUGAGAUUCUCAAGUAUGCCGUCGCCUCCAACAGCGGCACCAAGGACAAUCGUCAGACGAGCUGGUUCCGCGUCACUAGCUUCGAGGCUGAAGGCCCGCGCCGCGAUUUUCUCCAGAGCUUACCAAAGGGGUCCCUGGUCUACGUCGAGGGUGACGCCACCAUGUCCACAUACCAAGAUGCUGAGGGCAAGACGAGAAGUGCCCUGAACGUCGUCCAGCGAAGCAUUGAGGUCCUCAGACGUCCUCAAUCGCAGGGCGACUCUGAUUCUGCUUGA